AUGUCCGCGCCGCGACUCCCAAAACCCUUCACGCAGGUGUCGAAACUAGCCCAAAACAGCAGCAGCGACAUUGAACAAGCCCCAGAUACCGCAAGGCGAUAUCUCGAGGGAUUCCCCAGCCUCUCUGCGCUUCUUGCCUCCGACCCCGACCUGCAGGUCUACCGCCGUUUCAACCGCCUCGCCUCGCGCAACCUGCUGUACCUGCAGGCCGAGAUCCUAGACUUGGAGACGAGGUUAAAUGACUUCGAUGCCGAGGACUUGGAGAUUGCUAAUGCCGAAGAAGACGGGGGGGGAUGGAUGGAGGUCAAAUUGAAUGCCAGGUGCUGGGAAAUCUUCAGGGAAAAAGCGGAGCAGGGCGAGGAAAAAGAACGCGAGCGAAUGCGCCUAAUCCGAGAGAUUCGUGAACGCAUGGCAGAGUACCAGGACGCUCUGAUCCGCCAGAGCACACUCCUGAACCUGGAGAAUCCAAACCCGCGAGUCCGAGGCGCUGUGACAGGCUGGUUUGACUUGAACAAGCCGCUCGUCGGCCACUCCAAAGACAUGUUCAACGGAAAAGCAAAGUACGAUACCGUGGCUCUCCGUACCCCGGCUGACCAGGAUCGGUUGACCAUGUUCUUGCAAAACUACCUGGGCUACCUUUUCCGACACCGAAAGACAAACAAAGAUUAUCCGCUCGACUGGGAAGGCAUGUACUACUUCCCCGAGACUACCAUAAAGCACAUUGUGUCGUUCACGAGCGUCCUGCUUGCUGCUGCCUUGCUUGUCGGGGCCAUCACGAGUUUAUACUUCGUUAAGAAGCCAUCCAACAUGAUCGGCUUGCUUGCAGCUUUUACGACUAUGUUCGCGGGCAGCGUGGGGCUACUGACAAAUGCGAGGAAAGUGGAUAUAUAUGCGGCCACGGCAGCAUAUGCUGCCGUUCUAGUCGUUUUUGUAGGUAAUCUUGGAAUAGCUACUGGGCCCGGAUCACCGUCUUAGCACAUUCCAUUUAUUACACCUUGACACCUAACGUGGAGCAUGACCAGAG